AUGCCUCACGCACUCUCCUAUCCUGCCCUUCAAUCUGUGUUGGAGUAUUUGGAGAUUGAAAAACGAAUCCAUCUCACAUCCCGUAGCAAAUUCCUUCAACGAAUCGAUAAGGCAAUACCUGUCCGUGCAAAUCGCUUUUAUAUAUGGGAAAACAUUUUGAGUCUGGACAGUUACCGAUUCUACGUAAAACCUAAACAGUGGACCAACAAGAAUGGAAAGUUAAUGAUGAGUUAUUUAAAAGGAAGAUCAAGUGUUAAUGUGGAUGUGGCUGUCUUUAACACAGUCAAGUCUUCUCAAGAUAUUCCAGUGAAACUUGACUUGACAAUCAACAGAUUGAAAACUGUCUACAGUAAUCUGGAAGUAUUGAUUCCAAUGAUCAAUCCACGCAGCCUUCCACUCGCAAAUCUUUCCAUGGUAAUCGAGGAGCCCACUAAUGUCGACCAUGGAAUAGUGCAUUCCGCCAAAUAUGUCUAUUUUGGUACACUGGAUGAUUUGAUCGGUCUUGAGAAGCUUAAGACCAGAAGUGUGCGGGAAGUGAUGGCUGAUUUACAAGAAGAAUUCAACAGGGCUAGAGAUUAUUCGGAGGAAAUCAAUGAACAUUUCUUGACUGGUUUCUCCAUUUCGUUGAGCUCUACUUCGAAACUUCUUGUCUAUGGGAUUGAAAAAGUUGUGGACGAGUUGGUCUUGAAAGUUAUGUGA